UACUGUUCGACCAAUAGCUAAUGGCCGACUGGAAAAUCAAGUAACCUCUUGAGUGUGUGUGCGUGUCAUGUUUUUAAUUGUCAAAAAUGGUUCAAGCCGGGUCGAAAAAAUCCACAGUUUCAAAAAUAAAUAGUAAAACUGGAAUCAGUAGUUUAAUUAUUUUUGUAGUAUUACUGUUAGCAUGGAUCGCCGGUUUUUCAUCACGAUUAUUUGCAGUUAUUAGAUUUGAGAGUAUAAUUCAUGAAUUCGAUCCUUGGUUUAAUUAUAGAGCUACGGCUUAUAUGGUAAAACAUGGUUUUUACAAUUUUUUGAACUGGUUUGAUGAAAGAGCAUGGUAUCCGUUGGGAAGAAUUGUGGGGGGUACUGUGUACCCUGGUUUAAUGUUAACAUCAGGGAGCAUACACUACAUAUUACAUUUGCUUCAUAUAAAUGUACAUAUUCGUGAUAUAUGUGUAUUUUUGGCACCAGUUUUCAGUGGAUUAACAGCCAUUUCAACAUAUUUCCUCACUAAAGAGUUAUGGUCAGCGGGUGCGGGUCUGUUUGCUGCCUGUUUCAUUGCCAUCGUGCCUGGUUACAUCAGUCGUUCUGUUGCGGGCAGUUAUGAUAAUGAAGGAAUUGCAAUAUUUGCAUUACAAUUCACUUAUUUCUUAUGGAUCAAAUCUGUAAAAACUGGAUCUGUAUUUUGGGCGGUGGCUGCAUCACUAUCCUAUUUCUACAUGGUUUCUGCAUGGGGAGGUUACGUCUUCAUUAUAAAUUUGAUACCACUUCAUGUUUUUGUACUAUUACUCAUGGGAAGAUUUUCAAAUAGAUUAUUUACAAGUUAUACAACAUUUUACAUCUUAGGACUGAUAUUUUCUAUGCAAAUACCCUUUGUAGGUUUUCAACCUAUAAGAACAAGUGAACAUAUGGCAGCAUCAGGUGUAUUUGCUUUAAUGUUUGCUGUGGGAUUUUUGAAAUACCUGCAAACAAUGAUGUCAAAGUCUGAGUUCAAGUCACUUGUAAUUUUCGGUGGUUUUAUUUCUGCUGGAAUUGUGUUUUUAACUGUUGUUAUCCUCACUUAUGCUGGAUAUGUGGCACCAUGGAGUGGAAGAUUUUACUCGCUGUGGGACACAGGUUAUGCUAAAAUUCACAUACCAAUCAUUGCAUCUGUAUCUGAACAUCAGCCCACAACUUGGUUUUCAUUUUUCUUUGAUCUACAUAUUCUCAUAGCAACAUUCCCUGCGGGUUUGUGGUAUGUUAUCAAAAAUAUAAAUGAUGAACGAGUUUUUGUUGUUCUGUAUGCCUUGAGCGCAGUAUAUUUUGCUGGAGUUAUGGUACGUCUUAUGCUCACUUUAACUCCUGUUGUUUGUAUAUUGAGCGGCAUAGCAUUUUCGGGUUUGUUGGAGUUGGUUUUAAGAGAAGACGAUAACAUCCGUGGUGAAGAUAGUGAGGAAGAUGAACAUUCCACCCCAAGCAAGAGGCUAUAUGACAAGUUACCAAAAGAAGCAAAAACAAAAUCAAAAUCCGGAAAACCUGUAGGAAACAAAGCAUCUACACCACAGGCGGGAAGGGUACCAAAAAUGAAGCACGAACAAUCUAAAGAAUCAGAUGGUAUAGGAGCAAAUGUCCGGAGCAUUGUCACAGUGGUGAUAUUAUUGUUGUUAAUGUUAUUUGCCGUCCACUGUACCUGGGUAACCAGCAAUGCCUAUUCCAGCCCUAGUAUAGUUUUGGCAUCAUAUGGAAGCGAUGGAACUAGGCAGAUUUUAGAUGAUUUCAGAGAGGCAUACUUUUGGUUGUCUCAGAAUACCGCUGAUGAUGCCCGGGUUAUGAGUUGGUGGGAUUAUGGGUAUCAAAUAGCAGGUAUGGCGAAUCGUACAACUCUAGUCGAUAAUAACACUUGGAAUAACAGUCAUAUAGCACUUGUUGGAAAGGCUAUGUCUUCUAAUGAAAGUGCAGCCUAUGAGAUAAUGACUGCUCUAGAUGUCGACUAUGUUCUUGUGAUCUUUGGUGGUGUUAUUGGUUAUUCAGGUGACGAUAUUAAUAAAUUUUUGUGGAUGGUUCGUAUUGCUGAAGGAGAACAUCCCAAGGAUAUCAGGGAAAGUGACUAUUUCACAGAACAUGGUGAAUUCCGUGUCGAUGAGGAGGGUUCUCCGACAUUACUGAAUUGUUUAAUGUACAAAUUAAGUUACUACAGAUUUGGGGAGCUUAAGUUAGAUUAUAGAACACCUGCAGGAUUCGACCGUACUCGAAAUGCCGUUAUUGGCAACAAAGAUUUCCAACUGACUUACUUAGAAGAAGCCUAUACUACCGAGCAUUGGCUAGUGAGAGUAUACAGGGUGAAAAAACCAGAUGAAUUUAAUAGACCUAGAAUACCAGUAGCAAAUAGAGUUGUUAAGUCUCCCAAUUUUGUGUCUAAAAAGAGUACUAAGCGUAAAAAGGGUUCCAUCAAGAAUAGACCCAUUAUAGUAAAGGGAAAGAGACUGUCAACAAAACAAUAAUAGAGGGAACGAAGAAUUAAUAGUUAAUUAUUUUUAUUGUUAAUUGUUUCAUUAUCACAUAAUUUACGUACCUAAAAAAUUCAAUAUUUGUGUAUAAAAAUGACAUUCAGAGUAAGUUGACUGUGUUCAGAUUUUAUUUUCUUGUGAAAAAGUGAUAAACAACAUCAGUUCACAAUGUGAUAAUUGUGUAAAAAUAAAGCCAAUAAAUUUUUUUGCACUAAAAA